AUGUUAUUGUAAUUUUUUCAUUUAUUUUCUAUUAAUAAAUUUAUUUUAACAAAUAAUAAAUAGUUAGUUAAUGGAUGGAUUUAAAAACAUUAUAAAAUAAACAUUAAGAGGAUUUUAAAAACAUUGAUAAAUAGAUAAAUUUUUAAGUUAAAAUUCCUUUAAAUUAAUUCUACUAAAUAUAAUUAAGAACAAGAAAAAGCUUUAUAUUACAUUCAACAUACAAACAAACAAACAAACAAAGAUAUUCUAUUUAAUUUUUAUUUAUAAAUUUACAUAAUAGAUGAAAAUAUUCAAAGAGAUGGAUAUUAAUUGAUAAUAAAUCCAAAAUAUCUUGGUGUGGUUAUAUUUAAUAAUCAUAAAGGAGAUUUUAAAUUUCUUAUUGUAUUAAUAACUUCUUUUCAAAUAUAGAAACCAUUAAUUAUUCAAUAAAAAACACUUUUACAUUUCAUAGCAACCAUUCAUAAUAUUUUAUUUUGCAAGGUAGAGAAGAGCAUGAGUGAUUGUAGUGUUAACUCUGAACCUGAACCUUCUCAUCCAGAUAUGUCUAUGAAUUAUGAAAGUAAUUUAGAUAAGUCAUAGAGAACUAAGAAUGAUAGUAAUACAAAUAGAAAUACUUCUAUUAGAAGAGAUCUAGAAAUAAAAGCUAGUGUUGAUAAUAAUCGUGACUUAAGAUUUAAUUAAGCUGACGAUCAAUGCUAUGAAGAAGAUAUAAAUUUGGAACAAAAUAAUUUAUAAAAAUAACAGGUUAAUAUGGUUAAACAAUAAUAAUAAAUAAACUCAGAUAGUUAAGCAAUUAAUGCUUUCAAAAGAAAAAAAAUAGAUGCAAGUCAGGUAGGAAAAAGCAAAGACUUUGUAAAUGAAAAUUUUAGAUAAAGCAAUGAUGGACUUAAAGAAAUUCAAUCAUAAAAUUAAGCUCAUAACCUAAAAUUAGAAUUCAUAUAAAUAGAUAAUGAUGUAUUAAACAUCGAAGAUCCAAAUGAAUUUUUUUAGGAAAACGGUAUCAAAAAGAAAGCAAUAGGCAAAAGUAUUAGCUAAAGAAAAAAUGGCAGUAUAAACUCUUAAAAUAGCAUAAUUUCUCCUUAAAGUGCUACGACAAAUCAGAUAAACUUCUAAGUUUAGCCACCUUCUUACUAUUUCGGAGAUAUAAAAAAAGAUACUCUUAAAUAGAAGUAAUAACUUUAACAAUAAUAAAUUAACUAAGUUUAACAGCAUCAGCAACAGUCAAAUUAGUUACAAUAAGUACUUCAAUAGCAAUAAGGGUAGAAUUAAAAUUAGCAAGAAGAAAUAAGGCAUAAAUUUAGAAUCACCAAUACAUCUGAAAGAGCAAGUUCAAAUAUUAAAGAAAGAAUUCAUACACAUUCAAAUUAAAAUAAUAUUACCAAUUAAAGCUAAAAUGAAAAUAAUGCAAAUGAAAAUUAAGAAGAAGAUAUUGAAAAUUUUAACACAAACAACAUUGAUUAUUCUGUCUUAUCAGCCUAUGUAAAUAGCAACAAUUAAUUUAGCGAACAUGAUCAUCUCAAUAAGUUGUACGAUAAAGAUACUAGUCCUUUCAAAAAAUAAUCUUACACUACUAAAUUAGCUUAGUAGUUCGAUGUUAAGAAUAAUCCGUAUGCAAUAAGACCGUAUUCUAUGGAUAAAGGGUCAUAGAAAAGAGUUAAGAAUAUAUUAAAUAAUAGCAUGAAUAGUAAGAUAGGGUAAAAUCCUAUUUAAAAUCAAAUAUAAAACAAUCAAAAUGAUGAUGCAGUAUAAGAAAAGUAGAAAAAGACAGAAAAUUCUUAGAAUCCGAGUGUGAUUAUCAUAAAUUAAAUCUAAGGAUCAGAAAAUUCUAAUUAAAAGAAUUUUUCUAACACAGCUAAUAAUAUUUAUAAAUAGACUUUAAGUUAAUUGGAGAAUUUAAAAGCCAUAGAUCCUUAAUUGUAAUAGCAAUAAAGUCCAAUUGAAAAAUAUGUAAAUGUAAUAAAAUCUUAAAUGAAUAACUAAAAUACAGAAACUAAAGCAAGUAAUUUAACAAAGUCUCCUAUUAUUAACAAAUAAAAUCUUCAGUAAACUACUUAAUUUGUGGAAUUUCAAAAGACUUUUUAGAGUGGUAAUAAAAAGAGUGUACCUGAUGUGCUAAAUAAUACUUCAAAUAUUCAAAAUAAAUAAAAUGUAAUGAAUAUGCAAAGGAGAGUUUCAUAGCCUCAUUAAAGAUCAAUAACUUAAGAUAAAUACGAUGAGAUUAUAAAAAGUGUGCUACAUCCUGAAAAAAAAAAUACAUAGGCUAAGGCUCCUGAAUUCAGGACAAAUGCUAUUUCUGAAUUAAAAAAAUAGCUAAAUUAAAUGAGUGGCGAACUUGAAUUUGAAAGAUUGAAAAACUAAGAACUAUAUAAUAAACUGCAAUCAUUUAGGUAAAAGUGUUUAGGCAAAAUAGAUCGAUAAACCAAACUUUUGGCUAAAAAUGAAUUCGAGGCUGAGAUAUUGCAUGUAGAGCAAAAAGUUAAGGCACUUAAAAAGAAAAUUAAAUAAAAGGAUGAAGAAUUAGUUCUGUUGAAAGACGAAUCAGAAAAAUAACAUGCUAUCUUGUAAGAUUAUGAAAAACUAAAGUUUGAAGUUUCGUAAUACAAAGAAAAUGUAGAAAAUCUAAUGAUUAAACUAGAUACCAAAGAGAAAUCAAUCUAAGAACUUCAUAGAGCUCACAAUAAUGCAAAUGCAGAUAUUGAGAGGUUGUUUUAAGAGACUUCAAGCCUAAAAUAAAAAGUAGAUGAAAAAUAAGGUGAAAUUGAUUAGCUAGAAGGAUCAUUAAAAGUGGCUAAUAUUAAGGCAUAAGAAGCUAAUAAGCUAAGAUAAGAUAUUGAAGUUUAUAAAAUUAGCUAAAUGCAGAGUAAUUAAAUGAGAUUAGAUGCUGAAAAGAAGAAAAAAGAGUAUGAAUAAAAACUAUCAGAGUUUAACAAGGUAAAAGAAGAAAAUAUUAGCUUAAAGUUAGAGAUGGAGCAUCAGUGCUCACAACUUAAAGAUUAGCUUUAAAAAAGUAAUUUUGAGUGGAAACAGCUUCAAUUGACAGCUUAGAAGCUGAGUAAAGAAAAAGAACAGUUUAACUAAAUUUUAAAAGAAGAAUAACAAAAAAGGGAUUAGUUAAGAAGUGAAGUACAAAGACUGCAAUCAGAAUUAAAUUAAAUAAAUAAUUAAAACAAAGAAGAUCUAAUUAUUUAACAAAAUAACAAACUUAAAACUGAAAAUACAAAUUUAAGACAAGAAAACCUAGCUUUGAAAGGAGAAGUUGUAAAAUGGUAGAAUAAAAAGUAAGAAACUGACAAUGAAAGUCAGAACUUAAAGAAACAAGUACAUGAAUUUAAAUUGUAAAUUGAUGAUUUAAACAGUAAGAUAAAAGAGUAUAACUAAUCAACGAUGAGAGUGCAGGAUGCCGACAAAUUGAAAAAUGAGUUUAUUAUACUUUAACGAGAAAAAGACAAUAUGUAAUAAUUUUACGAAUAGCAAAUCAAAGACCUAAAAUUACAACUCAAUAAUGAAAUUAGAUAAACAUAAAUUUAUAGCAUUAAAUUAGAAAAUUUAGUCAAAGAUUCAAAGCUGUAAAAUUUUACAAAUACAACUCCUAUUUUAGUAAAUAGGCGAGACUAAGUUGAUAUUAGUGGAAAUACAUCACCAGUUCGCUCAAAUACUAAAAAACAUCAAACAAAUAAUAACAACGAUUUUAAUUAGUAAGAACAUGUCAGCCUUUCUUAAAAAUAUUCUACUAAAAAUAGUCUAUAUAUAGAAAAAAAGCUCAGUGAUUGUGAUUGA